AUGGAACAAACACCUCAAAGCCAACAACAACAGCAGCAGCAGCAUCCCAAGUUGAUGACUCAAGCCUCGUUAGCUUCGACUUCCUCAAGAAAACUAACGGAUGAAGAUGAUUCCAAUUCAGUAAAGCAAAUUGAGGUUAUUAGUAAUCCUCUCAAACAGAGAAAGGAAUCUCAGCGUACUCUCCGGUCUGAUUGCUCAUCAUCCUCACAAUCAAGCCUUUUUCAACCGAAGACCGCCGGUGUAACCAAACAGACAAGCAAGCCGAACCUCAAUAACAAGAGGGCGAAAAUGAAACGAUCAUCCACGGUAACUGGAAGAGGCCUUAUAUCAUCCAAAAGUUUUGUACCAAUAACUCCAAUAGGAGUAAGACCAACCGAACUCGAAAGCAAGAAAAAACAUCCUAAUUGGGUGCCAAAGAUAUCUUUUCAAUGUACUGCUACGAUUAUUACCCUGUGCAUUAUUGCUUUUUCCUCUAUUUCGAUAUGGGCAAUAGCAUUUGGAGUACAUAUUUCCUUGAUGAAAAAAGAUCGAAAUGCAUCAGUACUCGACAAUACGUUAUCCACCGCGAAGACCAUUCAAGAAACCCUAAAAAGCCUUUCGCGAGAAGCCAAAGAUUUACAAACCUCCCUUUCAACUAUUGAUACUAUAGGAACUUUACGUUCAUAUUCUCAUCUUAGAUCCAUUCAAGCAUUGAUCACACAAAAAGCACUGUCUCUAGGCACUUUGGUGGAUGGAAUUUAUGUUUCAUACUACAAGUCGGGAGACUUUCUCUCGAUCACUCCGUCAUCAAGAACAGAACCAUUAUUUUGGUUAGAAAUGUACAUCAAAUCACUGACCGGAAAAGAAAAUUACGGGAGGGAAUAUUCAGAACUCGACCUCUAUUCAUGGUUGGCAAAUAGCACUGUUGAGAUGACUCCAAAAUCAUCCAGAACUCACUCCAAUAUUGAAACCUCAAGUCUUGAAGCAAUGUGUUAUGAAGCUUCGAGCAUUCUGCAACCUAAGCUAACGUCUCCGUUUGCUUUUGAAUAUUUUAGUGUUGAUAACAUUGGUGCCAUUUCUGUUAAGCUUUCUUUUAAUUCAACGGAUUAUGGCUGUAUUGGAAUUUUGUUGAGCAAGAGAUAUUUAGAAGCUCUGCUAAAACCAUCACCAUCACUUUCUGCAAUUCAGGAUAUUGACACGUCAUUCAUUGAAGGUUUUACUGGGAAAGUAGCUCGUUUAAAUUUGGACACUAUUUUAUCUGUAGAUUAUUCAGCUCUACCUAGCUCUGAAAGCGGUAUUAAUUGGACUAUUUUAUGUAAAGCAACAUCUGUGGAAACCUGGAACACUGUUUUUAUGGCUUUGGUUGUAAUAGCAGUUCCUAUUUUGUCAUUAAUAGGUGUCUCUAUUGUUUGGAUUUGCUACAGGUUUAUAUUCUUUAAGCAUAUCAACCUUCUCUCGAAAGGAUUUUCUGAUUUGAAGAAACUAGAACUCGAAUCAGAUGCAGUGCUGCAAGCUUUAGAAAUGAAAGCUUUCUGCUCUGAAGUCGCCUCAAUACGAAACAAUUUCAGAAAUAUUCACACAAACAUUUCUUCGUUUACGAAAUAUGUACCAGUUUGCGUGUCACAAGAAGUGAUACAGAACAAGAAAACAGCUGUACUUGGAUUAGAAGACAUUCUAUGUGUGGUUUCUUUUUUGGACAUCAAGGAUUUUACUGCAUACAGCGAAAAAUUAACUCCUAAUCAGCUAGUUAGGGUCAUGAGCGACGCGUUUGAAGGAUUAUCAAGCUUAGUAGUUGAUGGAGGAGCAGUACUUGACAAGUAUAUCGGAGACUGUGUAAUGUCCUUUUACGAAUGUGGUGCAGGGGGUAUGCAAAAUCAAAUGAAAACAGCUUGUCAAGUUGCAAUUGCUAGCGUACGAUUCCUUAAAUCCAUGUGGAAAAUAUGGCGCCAAGAGGGUUUGCCUUUACUGGAGUGCAGAAUUGGUUUGAACUGUGGUCCGGUCAAGAGAGGAAAUUUUGGUAGCAAUAACAGAUUCCAAUACACAAUAUUGGGUGACGUCGUAAACACAACCUCUAGACUAGAGGGCCUAAACAAGCGAUAUGGUACAGAAAUCCUUGUUACUGAUCCAAUUUAUCAAACUGUUAGCCAAUUUCAAAUGUUUGAAAUUGAAGGAAGAGCCUUACAAGUUACAAAAAGCGAGCAGCGCCAAUUUGAACUGUUUAAGAGCUUGAACUUUGCUGAUAUCACGCUCGAUGAAAUGAUCUUUAGAAGAGUUGACAAUGUUGCAGUCAAAGGGAAAGAUUCAUUCAUUCCUAUUUACGCUCUUGUUGAUCGGUGUGAUAUUCCUGCAAAACAAGCAGAGAUUUUCUUUGAUCAUGAUUUGGCAAUCUACAACCAAGGAAUACAUCUUCUACUUGAUAAGCUCGAUGUUAGGGGAGCCUUGGCAAAGUUUGAAGAAAUUAGCUUGAAAGAUAACUUGGUAAACCAAAAGAUCCAGUUUUGCAAAGAUUUGAUGCUCAAGAACGAGUCAGAAUGGACUGGGUUGCUGAAACUAGACGAAAAAUGA